AGUGCUGCAGUGUCAUUCACACAGAGGCUUCUCCCUGCACCCAUGCAAGUACUUUGCUAGACUAAACAUCAGAAAGUGGAAUUUCUGGGCCAAUUGUGCACAUUCUAAAUUUCACAUUUCAUGAUAUUGUAUGAGUAAAUAAAGUUCCAAUGGUUUUGUCCCAUGACCGAGAGCAAAUAACUUGUGAAUCUGAGUGCCUUUACUUACUGCUUACCCUCUUUGUAUCCCUAACCCUAAUAUCAUGAGCCUGGCCCCUUGUGGGUACUCAGUAAAUAUUUGUUGAAUGACUUUAUGAAGGGAAGAAAGAAGUAAGACCUGGCCUUAUUUGCAGCUCUCUGAUCACUAGCCUUGGAUUAAAUGUGGUAGGUUGAGCCCCUCACUGACUCCAAGGCCCCACCAGGCAGUCUUCCUGAAUCCCACCAGGAGUUCACUGGGCCGCGAGUUGACCAAGAUGAUGGCCAAGAGCUGAGGCUUUGAGGAGUCCAUAGUGUUGGACACCCACGGUGGUGGAACCAGGGAGCCCAGUGAAGAGGGUCCUGCAUGAAUCAGAGGGGGAUGACAGAGGGUUGGACGGGCAGGGAAAGUUUGGGGAAGCAAUAGGAUUCUGAAUAUUUUCAAACAGUAGAGUGAGGAUGUCCUGAUCGGAUAACAGAUGUGCAUUUUACAUAGACAUGGUUUUACAGGUGAUUUUCCAUGUUGGAACUCAAAGGUAAAGACACUCAAGGACAGAAAUCUUUUGCAGAGCACGGAUGGAAAUGGCAAGUUCCCUGGCCUUUCUUCUGCUCAGCUUUCAUGUCUGCCUCCUCUUGGUCCAGCUGCUCACUCCUUGCUCAGCUCAGUUUGCUGUGCUUGGACCCCCUGGGCCCAUCCUGGCCAUGGUGGGUGAAGACGCUGAUCUGCCCUGUCACCUGGUCCCGACCAUGAGUGCAGAGACCAUGGAGCUGAGGUGGGUGAGUUCCAGCCUCAGGCAGGUGGUGAGUGUGUAUGCAGAUGGAAAGGAAGUGGAAGACAGGCAGAGCGCAGAGUAUCGAGGGAGAACUUCGAUUCUCCAGGAUGGCAUUGCUGCAGGGAAGGCUGCUCUCCGAAUACACAACGUCACAGCCUCUGACAGUGGAAAGUAUUGUUAUUUCCAAGACGGUGACUUCUGUGAAAAAGCCCUGGUGGAGCUGAAGGUUGCAGGUGAGCCUCUGGGUUUUCUUCUGAGAACAUUUCUCCAUAGGAUCUAGAACAGAUUCCGAGUUCCUCUUCCAGAAGCACUGCAGACACCCCUGGCUGCUCACUAGCAAUUGCCUGUGCUGCCUUCCAACUUAGCCUCUCUGAGCCCCUUGAGUAGGACACAAGUUUUCCUUUAGGAAGAAUUCCUGCUGUGCCCUACAUGCUCAAGUAAAGAACUCCCUUCCUCUGGCCACCAGAGACAUAAGGGACAUGAAGGAGGAGGGAUAGGAAGCAUAAGAAAUCGUUGUGUCAGUGACUGGUACACAGUCAUUUUGGUCUAAUUGAGUAACAGACAGCUCCUAUUGUGUCACCAAGUGCACAGUACCACGGGCCUGGGAGGUGCCAUAGGGACUGCAUCUGCUGCCAGUGUUUUCCAGUCAGUCACCCACAAGAAUAUUCCUAGAGUAAAACAAACCAUUUCUUUUUCCUUUUAUUUGUUUAUUUUUUCUUUUGAGAUG